GAUGUAAUACAUUUUAUUCAUGGUUCUGGGCCGGUAGGUGUCAACUUAACUGUUCACAAACAUGGACUCAGAGGAGAAGGUACCUCAAGAUUCAACUCGGCGGCUUCAACCGAAAAAACAAACAUUAGAUGAUGCUUAUGCUGCUCCAGCAAAUUUCUUAGAAAUAGAUGUUCGCGAUCCAAUUACACAUGGGAUUGGUCGAAAUCGGUAUACCGAUUAUGAAGUUAGAAUGAAGACAAACCUACCAGUUUUCAAGAUGAAAGAAUCAAGUGUAAGACGACGUUAUAGUGAUUUUGAGUGGUUAAGGACAGAACUGGAAAGAAACAGCAAGAUUGUAGUGCCACCUUUACCAGGAAAAGCUUGGAAAAGACAGCUUCCUUUCCGAGCAGAUGAAGGAAUAUUUGAUGAGGAAUUUAUUGAAGAAAGGAAAAAAGGACUUGAAAUGUUCGUCAACAAGGUAGCAGGCCAUCCUUUAGCACAGAAUGAACGGUGUCUACACAUGUUUUUACAGGAACAAGAGCUGGACAAAACUUAUAUUCCAGGGAAAAUUAGAAGCUCGUGAACAGAACUUAAUGAUUAUUGAUUUAUAUGGUCCAUUCAAUCAGUAACAUACAUUUGUUGGAAGUGAUCUUUAGGCAAAUACUAAUAUUCCACCUCAUAACAUCACAUCAUACAUUGGAAAAGUUUUUCACUAUGGUUUUGACAAUGUUCUUAUUGCAGUUAUUUAAAGUAGUGUUGAAAUCUUAAAGUACCAGUCAUAAAAUAUAUUUCUUUAUACUUAUACAUUGUUACUAUAUUUGUUGAUUACAACAUUAUAUAUAAUAUGCGUUUGUGUACAGUAUUUUGAAAUUUGCAAAAGAAAACUAAAAAUCUAUUCCAAAUGUUCAGUAAUUUUUACUAACACUUUUGUUUCUGAUCUUACAAACUAUUGAACUAUUAGUUCUGUAAUUUUGCAAUUGUAUUGGGACUUGUCAGAUUAGUAUGUUAUUUUUGUUUGUUCUGUUUUUAUUUUGCUGUUUAUUAGAAAUACUGAUUGUAAAUUUUCAGGUAUAAUAAAGAGGGUUGAAUUGCUAUAAACAAAAUUUAACUGUGUGGAAGAAACUUGUUGGUUGUCUUAAAAAUAAAACACAAUGAGAACAACCAGUA